GUGUUGACAGAAAGAGCUGAAGGGGAGGCAGGGGUGGAGGGAGCAGAGCCAAGGAUUGAGGGGCUACUGCAGCUCGGGAGAUGCAAAGGCCAGGAGUCCUUCCCCACCAUGAGCCCUCUCCACUCCUGCAGCUGGAGUUUCCCCAGCCUCUGUGGGAGCAAGAAAGCUCAAAAGAGCUGUUUGAGUGGGAAAAGAGAAUGGAGGAAGUUGACAGGGAUGGGCGGGGCCCAUGGGGGGGCUGACCAGGAACCCAGCUUCCUGCUCAGUACCCAGACAUCCAGCCCCCAGCUCACCCCCACCCCUUCCAGCCCCUAGUCGGCUCAGGAACCUGUUCUGGCCCUCCUUCCAAGUCCCAGCACCCCUCCCCCAUCAGUUUCUCCCCUCCAGGGGAUGGAGGCCGGGAGACCCCAGGAAGAAGAGGAUGGCGAACAGGGCUCCCCUCAGGAUGAGCAAGGCUGGCCCCCUCCGAACUCCACUGCUCGGCCUUGGCGAUCUGCUCCUCCAUCCCCUCCUCCUCCGGGCACCCGCCACACAGCCCUGGGGCCCCGCUCGGCCUCCCUGCUGUCCCUGCAGACUGAGCUCCUUCUGGACCUGGUGGCUGAGGCCCAAUCCCGCCGCCUAGAGGAGCAGAGGGCCACUUUCCAUGCCCCACAGAGCCCCCCAAGCCUAGCCCCUGCCCUGCCCCGGCCUCUUGAGGACAAAGAACAGCUCUACAGCACCAUCCUCAGUCACCAGUGCCAGCGGAUGGAAGCCCAGCGGUCAGAACCUCCCCUCCCCCCAGGAGGGCAGGAGCUCCUGGAGUUGCUGCUGAGAGUUCAGGGUGGGGGUCGAAUGGAGGAGCAAAGGUCCCAGCCCCCCCCACACAUCUGCUGAGACUUGAGCCCCCCACCAGCCCUCCUCACUCCUGGGGUUCAAAGCUGGGCAGCCCAUUGCAUGCCCUCAACCCUUGCUCGGCAGGGUACCAGAGACUGGAAAAUCCAGCAGAAAUCUCAAUAUUCAUCACCCUCAUCACCUUCCCUGAGAACUGGAGGGGGUGAAAGUCCUCAAACCCUGGGAAUAGGCAAGGUAGGAUGGUCAUUUAACUCCCUCCCCUAGUACAUGGGCACUUGAGGCAGUAAGAGGAUCCCUGGCACCCGUCUCAGGGAGUAGAUAGGAGUCCCUGUCCUGAGCUGUGGGGACACCACCAGUAGUCAAGUUACCAGGCAGGUCUGAGGGUUCAGGCCUCCACCUCCCAAGAAAAGGCAAAUCUCCCAAGGUUACGACCUGAGAGCCAGCUCUACCCUCCUUCCCAGUAAGAAGAAAGGGGGAGGGGGGUACAGCCAAGACAGAUUAAAACUAGUCUCCCUCUCUCACUCCCACCAUCACCACCCGCACACCCCAGCCACGACACUGAGGGGCCUACAGGCUGUGAAUGGACCUUUAGCCCUGCCCACCUCCCUCCCCACUGCUGCUCUGAGUCUGUCUGAUAUUUUGG